UUUGAUUAGACAUGGACAAAUAUAAUAUCAUUCGUUUUAAGCUAUGAUUUUGAUGGGAUUUUGGUUAAUCUUCGUCAUGAACUACCGAAAUAGUGGGGCUAUACCGACAAUCAAAAUGAAGAAUCGUGAUUUAUCUGUAGAAAGCGUACUUGCAGUUUGGUAUCAUACGAAGAUGGAACGUCACGAACAUGACGCACAAGGCUUUGUAUGCGGCUGGAUUUGGUUCAUUUUCCUUAUAUGCAUUCCCUUAGCAUUUAUGUUCGGGGCACCGCAUGAACACUUUGAACGGGAAUUUGUGUCCGCAUCAACGCUGUACCUCGCUUUAAGCACCUGCAUAGCAAUUGGAAUACUUAUCCUUGUUAUUCUACUAAAAGAUUUCCACGACAAAGAUAAUGAGAGGGAUGACGAUAAAGGAAUUUUCUUCGAAACGGGUGUGUCAGAAACCAUCCAUCGUUUUCAGGAUAACGGUAUUUAUCUAAUGAUUACAGGAAGCGUUCUUUUACUCGCUACCUCAGCAUUUCAAAUAGCGCCAUUAUUUAUUUAUAUACAUUGUGUAGGAUAUCCACUUUUUAACAUCAAAGUCGCCAUGGUUGUGUUGAUAUGGAUUUUCGUGGUCAUGGAAAUGGUAUUAAUGCAUUGUUUGUUCGGCACUCCACGGCAGAGCAACUCCUGGUGGCAUUUUACUGGUUUGUUCCUUCUUAGAUUUACAUUAAUUCCGAUGAAAUACGUCGAGAAAAAACGUUGUAGAAAGAAGCUCCGUUCAAAGAUAAGAAAUUACAUGAUGUUAGCCACUUUAUUGUGGUCUAACUUUUCCUUGAUAUUGUACGCCAUGUUCGAAAACGCAAAGUCUGUAUUAGAUGUCGAACCAACAAAGGAGGUGAACUGCUCGUUGGGGUUCGUAUCCGUGAUAAACCAAGACGACUCUAUAAAAUUCUUCAACAACAUGUAUAUAUCAGUUCUGUCAGAAUUUACAGCACUAAUGAUCGGGAUUAUCUAUCAAGUAUUCUGGCUGAGUAUGUCCAAAGAGAACGAAUUUAACCUCCAAACAAAGCAAAGUUUGGAAUCGGCAAAAGUUGCGCCACAACUUCAUCUCGAAGUUUACGACGAAAAGAGUAAACUGGUAGAAUCCCGGAAUACUGAUGAAUGUCAUUUGUCGCACCAUCGACCAGGACCUGGUCUUAUCACCCUUAUAUUAACAGCAAUCACUACAGUGAGUUUCUUUGUGGCUUCUGAGAUAGCUCUGAUGGUAUUUUGCUAUCACGAGCAGCGUAACACUCAUCAAAGCAGCGAGCAUCGGGCGAGUCUGCUGCUGCAGCUGGAUGGCACUGCAGAGAUCCUCAUUUAUGCAUUUCUGCUCUUUACUGUUUGUUAUAUUUGGUUUAGAAUGAAAGACUCACUAUCGAAUCCUACGCAUGAAACAUGCAUAACUGAUUUGGAUCAAAAUCUCUUGCUUCUGUCACUAAGUGGAAUCUUCCUACAAAAUGCGUGCUCUCUAAUCGCUGCCGUCUACAGCAUCGUUGAUUCGACAACUCGUUACGCAGCAUUCGUCGUUCUCAUCCGUGAUUGUAUAAUCAUUCUGCAAAGCACUGCACAGACAAUGUUUUUAUGUAAACUUGUACGUAUUGAUAAAUUUCAUUUCUCCAAUGAACUAAAGACGAUCCUUCUUGUGUUGCUGGUUUACAACCUGAUAUUAUAUAUCUUCAAUCUCAUGGUAGAAUCAAAAGAACUUUGCAUAGAAGAGUUAGAAGUUUCAUUUUAUGACGCAGGCGACUGGGGCGCACUUCUGCGAGUAGUUUCGCCGUUUUUUAUAUUUUAUAGAUUCCAGUCGUUCGUCAUCAUCGCAGCAGUAAUUCAGAGACACGUGUACUUAUUCAACACUCCUAUAGAGAUGCCGUACAAGAACCUUUCCAGUGAUUCAAUGAUUAAAAUGGAAGGCCACAAUGAUGCUCGGACAAAUUAAUUUAACUGUGUACAAAUAUUCAAUUUCCCUUCAGAAUUUCAUUAAGGAAUAGAUAUGUAUUUUGCCAAAACUUAGUUAUUAAAAUACUUUAUGCUUAUUUUGUAUAAUUAAGCAAGUAAAUUAGCUUUCAUAUAGAAAUCAAAGCUACAUAUUCUCUCCAUUAAUUUACAGAGAUGAAUAAACUUUUGAAUUGGCAGAUAAUAAAUUUGAGGAUUUAAAAAAAAAUUCUAUUGUUUCGUUUUUUUUCUACAUAGAGUAUGUAUCUUUUAAGCAAUUUCAAUUAAUAUAAAAUAAUAUACCAAAAGGGGACAGAAAUACGCUUUUCCCCCCCAUAAACACAUGUCGGGGCUUAAUGAGGGCGGGCUUAAUGACACAGUGCAUAACAAGACAAACAUUUUUAUGUUUAUUUUUUAUCAUUGUAGUAAAUAUUAGAACAUGGCUCGCUCACCAAUGUAUAAUUUUCAACAAUGUUUAGUAAAUAUGGUCCAUCAAUCAUUUAAGAAACUAUUAAAUUGUAUAUUUUGAAAAGUAGUUUUGGUAGACGAAAAUAAAUAAGACAUGUCUCACAA